UAUACAAACCAACAAAAUGAGAAUACAAAUGUUGAACUGGCUUUAACACUCCAAUGUUACUAAAUACUUUAACUUCAGCAUUACAUAUUUAAUAUAAAAGAUAAUAGAUUUUCCUCAUAAGUUUGGGUAACUUGGUACAUGCGCUUUAGGAAUCUUUGGGGAAAUGCUAUUCUUACUGUCCUUACUGUGUUAUGUUAUAGGCAACCAAAACGAGUUUUAGUUUAAUAAAAACAUACAUAAAAACAGUUAGUGAAGUAUAGAAACGCAAUAUUUAUCACAAAAAAUAGUGUUAAUACGAACAUAAUUCUUAAAGGGUAAAUAGCAACUGUUAAAAGUUAUGUUUCAGUAAAAAUUUUACAAUUUUAAUCUUACCUAGUAAUAACUUUAAUAAUAAACAUAACCUUAAUCUGAGGAAAAUUGGACAUAUAACAAGUAAAAUUCUACAAACCUGAGAAAUCUAUUUUAUUCCUACAAAAGAAAUGGGUGUUUUUGAUGGAAAGCUUUAUCUUAUUUUUGUAUUCAAUAAAAAUGACUACCAAAAGAGUUCAAAUUGUAUGGGACAACCACUUACGCAGUCUAUCUGAACUUUUCACCGACCUGUAUGAAGACACUGAAUUCACUGAUGUUACUCUUUCAUGUCGAGAGGGUUUUGUAAAAGCGCACAAAGUCGUUUUAUCCGCAUUCAGCCCCUAUUUCAAACAAAUAUUCCAACACAAUCCCUGCAAACAUCCCACAAUUGUGUUUCGAGAUGUCCACUCAAGAGACAUGAGUUUCAUCAUUGAAUACAUGUAUAAAGGCGCUGUAGAUGUCGCUUCAGAACAUCUAAUUUAUCUGAUGAAAUUGGGUAAUGAUUUAAAAAUUAGAGGAUUUGAAGAUUUUAGAGACUUCAGAGAAUUUGGAGCUUUUACACCUCACGAACAUUCUGAACCUCUAAAUUCUAUGGAUUGUGUAGUUACAGAAAUGAGUGUUGGUGAUAGCACAGAUAAAGUUAAUAUUACUAACAUUGAAAAUGAACCUGAAAUAACCAUAAAAGAUGAAACCUUAUCAGAUUGUUACAGUGAUGACUCAAAUAAUGAUACAAGAGAUGACCAGAGAAAAAUCUACGAAAGUAAACCAUUUAUAUGUGAUUUUUGUCAAAAAGGAUUUACUCGUACUUCACAUUUAAUUCGACACAGAAGGGUACAUACAGGGGAAAAACCCUUCAGAUGCAUGGUUUGUGAUAAAAUGUUUGCAAGGCAAGACAAAUUAAAAUUACACACUCGAGCUAAUCAUCAAGAUUAUCUUGAUAUUUUCACAAAACGAGAUAUAUGCGAACCACAGGAAAUUGAACCCGAAAAGAAUAUCAUCGAUAAUAAUGAUUUGAUAAAAGAGUAUAAAGUUGAAAUAAUGCCAACAGAAAUAUCUACUACAAGUGGAGUAAAACGCGGUAGAGGGAGACCGAGAAAGGCACCUUUAAUACCAAAAAAAGUUAUAAUUCAACCUGACGCGUUACAACCUAAAAGAAGUCGUGGAAGACCACGAAAACAUGCGUUUGUUCCUAAAAGCAACAGGCCUAGAGGAAGACCUCGAAAAGAUGCGAAUCAAAUUACAAUAAACAGCCUUUCAGAAUCGAUAAUUGCUAAAAUGCAAGAAUUUGAGAAUAUAGAAAUUGACAACAAAUGUUUUCUACAAGAAAAUAAUGUAGUAACAGAACUUCCAGAAUGUUAGAUUUUUGAUAUUUUUCCACUUCGAUUUUUUAUAACAUAUUUUAUAAACUUUGAAUUUUCUUUUUGUAAAAAUGUUGUAUUACAUGGAGAUUAAUAUUAACAUUUUCCAUUUUUUUUUUGUAAAUAAAACAAUAAAUUAAAAAGA